AUGAAAUGCCACUCCUAUGAUACCAUGGAAGAGACCAAGUUCUCGCUUCAAGAACAUCUACGAAACCACCAUCUUGAGAUAACACCAGACGGAAACUUUGUACGAUGGCUAAGAGAGAAUCCCAAACAUCCAAGGAACUGGUCUGUCCUACGCAAGACAUAUGAUACUGGAAUUAUCUGUGCAUUGGAUCUUUUUAUAACUGCUAGCAGUACGGCCGGAGCAGCGGCAGCAGCGCAAGCCAAACAUGAAUAUCAUCUGGAUCAUACCUUUGCAACCUUUUGCUUUGUGACACUAUUUCUUCUAGGCCAGUCUAUUGGCACCUUGCUGUUCCCACCUUGGUCUGAAUCUUUCGGCCGCAAAAAGAUGUAUCUUUUCAGUAGUGGUCUGAGCUGUGUCUGUUGUCUUGUCAUCGGAUUAUCACAGUCCCUUACUGGGGCUGUCGUUAUGCGAUCUCUGGCGGGAUUGCUAUCAGCAGUACCUAGCACCAUUGUGGGUGGGAGUAUCGAGGAUAUGUUCAACUCGCAGGCACGUAUUUGGGUUGUCUUCUUCUGGACAGUGGCUUCAAAUAUUGGGUUGAUUAUUGGACCAAUAAUGAGCAGUCACGUCAUCGAACUUCUCGACUGGAGAUGGGUCUUUUACACAUAUGCAAUCAUCAUUGGUGGCAUUACUUGCCUCCUUUGCCUUCUCCGAGAAUCUAGGUCAUCCUACAUACUGACUUGUGAAGUUGAUCGAAUGCGUCGCGAGAUCCCGGAAUUACCGCCUGCAAUGAACCAUGAUCACUCUCCAAACCUACAAACUUUCGUCAAGGAGGCUCUUUUCCGUCCAGCGCAGCUGUUUUUCCGAGAGCCCAUCAUAUUUACGAUCGCCAUGAUGAUUUCUGUUGCAAUGUCCCUCAUCUAUAUUUUCACCGAAGCUUUACAGCCGAUAUAUCAAUCCAUGGGGUUCUCUGCGUCACAAGCGUCUCUCAUGUUCAUGGCUAUCGGGCUCGGGACAUGUGUCAGCACAUUCACUCGAAUUCUGGAUUGCUACAUUUUCAACAAGCGCCGGAUGCAAGGCAAGCCUAUCAGGCCGGAAGACAAGCUCGUGGGGUUGGCACUUGGAGCUCCAUUCCUAGCUAUUGGUCUUUGGUGGUUUGGCUGGACCAUUCCGCCCAAGACACCAGGGCCGGAUACACAGUGGAUCGUGCCAACGCUCUCUCUUGUCCUGGUCGGGUAUGCUUUGACGGAAAUGGACACUGUGCUAUAUGGGUAUAUUUCAGACAGCUAUUUGAGCUACUCUGCAAGUGCUACCGCUGCCGUGGCCUUCCUGAGAGGCAUGCUGUCCGGGGCAUUCCCGCUAUUCACGAACCAAAUGUUCAAUGGCAUGGGAGCCAAUAUUGCGGUCUCUAUUCUGGCAGCCGUGGCGACUGUCUUUUGCAUCGUGCCUCCAUUAUUUUUGUGCUAUGGUGAGAGGAUCCGGCGACGAAGUCGAUUUGCAAGGUAUAGCUGGGAGAUUCAAGAGGAAAUGGGAAAGGACGAGUAUGACAUUUGA